CCCAGUUGUGCGUUGAGCAAUGCGGGAGGAAUUGCUUCCCUCUUCCAAAGAGCAGCCUGUCAUGUGCCAAGUCGUUCGUGUGAAGCUGGUGGGGGUGAAUCAGGAGCAACCCACACCCUCUCGUGAGGGGAGCACCACAGAAUAAAAGUUCAGUCGUGACAUGUAGUCUCCCAUCCCUUGCUUCUUCAUACAGAGACAAUUAUUCUUUGAAAGCAAUAGUUUUUUUUAAAGUGUUUCAUCAGCUACCUGUGAGGUGGACUCCCCCACCCCUCCAAUUCCCUACCUUGAGGAGUGACACUCAGAAAUCACAUGACCUGUGAGGAAGUAUAUAGCUCCCUCGUGGACCAGAGGAGUCUCCAAACUGACUUCUGCCGCUGACUAGGCUUCUUCUUAAGGACUUCCCAGCCCUCUCGGAGAGUUUCCGUUCUCACCAUGAUGCCCGGAGGUUUAACCGCUUGCAAGCCAGCUACUCCUGAGAUUCAACAGCUGGCGGACAAGGUGAAACCUCAGUUGGAAGCCAGGGAAAACCAGAGAUACCCUGUUUUCAAUGCUGUGGAAUACAGAAGUCAGGUGGUUGCUGGAAUGAACUACUUUAUUAAGAUUGACGUGGGUCAAGGCAAGUACGUGCACCUACGCGUAUUUGAGGCGCUUCCAUGCAACAACGGGGACAUCUCCUUGGCCGGUUACCAGACUGGCAAAACAGCGAGUGAUCCGCUGAACUACUUCGGCUAGGAACAUUCUCCUCUUCUGCUCUUCUUGAUAUACUGACAUCCAAGAGCCAGCACAUGCUUAAAAAUUAAAAAAAAACUAGAUUUGGGAAA